UUGACAAACAUUUGUCCAAAAAAAUAUUUAUAUUCACAUGCAACAACUGGCCAAUAACUCAAGUGGAACCCAGUCACACUUAAGCUUCAAAGAAACCAGCUUUCAACCCUUUUGCAUUGUUUCCUUAUUUAUACCCUAAUCUAAUUCACACACACAAGCAAGAAAAACAAGAACACAAUCAAGCAAAACACCAAAAAAUGGUGAUCUUAACACCAAAAACAUCUUUUGAUUUCACUAAGAACAGCAACAAUUCCAGUCUCAGUGUCCCUGUCUUGUCUUCUUCUUCUGCUUCUUCUUCUUACUUGAGAAGCAAGGAAGAAACCAAGAAGCUCAUGGAACCCUGCAAAACCCUAGACAUGAAUAUCAAUCCAAAACAAGAUCAGGAGCUUGGCCAUAAGAUGAUCAUGGUGAAGAAAGCUCCGGAAGAUCCAGAGAUUGGUGUGUUUGGAGCUGAGAAGUACUUCAAUGGAGACAUGGAUUCAGACCAGAGUUCUAGUGUUCUGUCUCUAACAAACCCAGAAGUUGAGAGAUUCCAUGUUGAUUCUAAGCAGAGCGAGAAUAAGUCUACUGGAACGCCGAGUGUUCUCUCUGAAUCAAGCUGGAAUAGUCAGAGCAUAUUGCUUCAGAACAAAUUGGUUAAGAACUGCAACAGUUCCUUGCAUGAUAAGAAAAACAAUAAGAAGAGUUUUCUCUCAAACCUAGGGUGUAAAUUUGAUGUCGAUGAUAAGAUCUCGGUUAAGAGAAGCAAUGAUCAGAAGAUUCAUACGCAAGACGAGUUGGUGCAGAGGAAGUCACCUAAAGUGUUUGGAUCAAGAAUAGAGGAAGAAGAAGACACAAAGAGUGAUUCAGGCUCAGAUCUUUUCGAGAUAGAAAACCUUACAGAAAAACCAAAACAUUUACUUACAAGGCAAGGAAGCGAUCCGGCUUCACCUACAUGUUAUACUCCAAGUGAAGUCAGCAUAGAGUGGAGCAUAGUGACAGCAAGUGUAGCAGAUUUCUCAUGUAUGUCAGAAUGUGCAACAAGCCCUGUAAGAAGAAACCGGUCUUCUCAGAUCCCUAACACCGCUAAAAACGCACCGGAGAGAUCGAGUAGUAGCCGAAGGGGUGGUUUCUUGAGCUGCAAGAGUGAUCAAUCUGUUAUGGUUUCUAGUGGUUCAGACAAAAGAAGUAACAUGAACAAGACAUCUCCGAGUUAUGUUCCGAGGUUCUCAAUGGAGACUACUAAACCUAAGAGUUUUGAAACACGAAGAAGGAUCAGCAACAACUCCAUUACUCAUACACCAUCAUCUCUUAUGUACAGUCAAUAUUGA